UGUCGUCGUGGAGAUGAAGGGCAAGGGCUGCUGCUGAUGAUGAUGGCUGAGUGGCUCGUGGCGCUGUCCAGGGCUGAUCCGAAGGCGGUCUCGCCUCCUGCGUCUGAGGGGGAGGAGUGAGAGGGAAGAAAGGGUCGGAGGAGGGAAGGAAGCAAGCAAGCAAGCAAGCAAGCAAGCAAGCAAGCAAGCAAGCCCCUGUGGAGGACGAGAGGCUAAGCUCCCUUUUGCCUCCUCCUUCUCCUCGGUGGCCCCGCGUGGACGUGAGCGGGGUUGGAGAGAGAGAGAGAGAGAGAGAGGGGCAGGAAGUUUGGCGGGGAGGAGACGCCUCCCUCUUCUCCUCCUCCUCUUUCUGGGUUGGAGUUGCAGCAGCAGAGGCCUCCGCAGCAGCACCACGAGCAGCCGCCCUGCUGGAGCUGGACAGCGAUUUUCCUGGCCCUCCUCCCCCCCGCGCCUGGGCCUCCCUCCCCGGCUAACUGUUACUAUGGCAAUGCAAGUGCUCGGACAGUCUGGUGGCAGCAGCCUAUUUUCUGGCAAUACUAACCUCAACAUGACUUUGUCAAAUGACAUGUAUGACUUUUCUGAACUUUCCAAAGCCGAGCUGGCAGCUCCUCAGCUUAUUAUGUUGGCAAAUGUAGCCUUGACAGGAGAAGUUAAUGGCAACUGCUGUGAUUACAUGGUUGGUGAAGAGAGGCAAAUGGCCGAACUGACAACUGUGGGCAAUGCCAACUUUUCAGAUAGUGAUGGAGAAGGAAUGGAUGAUGCACAGGCUGUGGAGCGUGGUCAUGAAGACCUGAAUGAUAUAGAUAUGAGAACCCUCGGAUCUCCUGAUGUUCGUAACAUUGAAACUGCAGAAACGACAGAGUCUUCUAGUUCUCUUACUUGUAGUCUAGACAAGGGUUAUCAGAUGGCUUCCAGUUGCCAGUUGUCAGGUACCCCAGAUGAUUUCCAGUUAUCAGGUGAUUCACAAGGCUUUGAGUUGUCAGGUGACCCAGAGGGUUUUGAUUUGUCAGAUGUCCCGGAGGGCUUCCAGUUACCAAAUGCCCCAGAGAGUGUAGAUGAUAGAGGUAAAAGCCUGAAGAACAAACCGUUUCGUUGUAAGCCAUGUCAGUAUGAGGCAGAAUCGGAACAGGAGUUCGUCCAUCACAUUCGGGUGCACAGUGCUAAGAGAUUCAUUGUGGAAGAAAAAACAGAAAAGCAUAGCCAAGUUGACUCAAGCACUACAGAUGAAGUUGAUUUCUCCAAGGGUCCCAUAAGAUGUGAUCGCUGUGGCUACAACACUAAUCGGUAUGAUCAUUAUCUGGCUCACUUGAAACAUCACAAUAAAGCAGGAGAAAAUGAGAAAGUCUACAAAUGUACAAUUUGCACAUACACAACAAUCAGUGAAUACCAUUGGAAGAAGCACCUAAGGAAUCAUUUUCCACGGAAAGUGUACACGUGCUUACAGUGCUCCUACUUCUCGGAUCGGAAGAAUAACUAUGUGCAACAUAUUCGAACACAUACAGGAGAACGUCCCUAUCGGUGUACUAUGUGUCCUUAUUCAAGUUCUCAGAAGACUCACUUAACUAGACACAUGCGGACUCACUCAGGUGAGAAACCAUUUAAAUGUGAACAGUGCAGCUAUGUGGCAUCAAACCAGCAUGAAGUAACUCGGCAUGCAAGGCAGGUUCAUGAUGGUCCAAAGCCACUGGCCUGCCCUCACUGCGAAUACAAAACAGCUGAUCGAAGCAACUUCAAGAAGCACGUCGAGCUCCACGUCAGCCCACGCCAGUUUCUUUGCCCAGUCUGUGAGUAUGCUGCAUCCAAGAAAUGUAACUUGCAGUAUCACAUCAAAUCCAGACAUCCUGAUUGUUGUGAUAUCACAAUGGAUGUUUCAAAAGUAAGGCUACGGACUAAAAAGAAUGAAGCUAACACUUCGGAAGGUGUUAGUAGUGAUAAUAAUAACAAUAACAGUAAGAUGGAACAAGUACAAGUGGAGAAAGAUGUAACUGAAAAGAAAAACGAGACAGCUACAAAUGAAGAGAAGAAGGAAAACCUUUCAAAAGAAGAGAAAAAAGAAAAUCUAUCAAAAGAUGAAAAGAAAGAAAACCUAUCAAAAGAAAAGAAAGUUGGUUUAGACAAAGUGACAACACGAAGUCGCAAAACAAUUUCCAAAAGCAAGGAAGCAGACAUAAAAACUGAGACAAUGGCUGAGAAAACUGGUAAAACAAAGAAACUAAAAAGAAAAGCAGAAACCAACUCUGCUCCUUUGGCAAAAGAAACUGAUGAUGUAAUUGCGAAAAAGAAGAAGAAAUCAGAUAAGAAGUCCCCCAAAUGUCAGUAUUCUGAACACAGUGAUAGUAAAUUGGAAGACACCAAAAAGCAAAAUGCUUGUCUUAAAAAGAACAAAAAAAAGAAAGAUCUGAAGAACAAGCCUGUUAAUAAUAACAGAAAGCCUGACUGUGAGAAUAUUGUGGAUGAGGAUCCUGUCCCUAAAGAACCUCUUCUUAGAGUAGAGGACAAAAGGAAAGCAUGUAAUGGUCCUUGCAGUGAGCAGCAGCCUAUUCCUUCAGAUACUGAGGAGAACCAGUUGGUCUCUGGUGAGAACAUACAGGAUCUAGAGGCACCAUCUACACAACCUGUGGACAAAAAUGUAGAGCUGGGAAUGAAAGACCAAGAAAUGCUCGUGGCAGAGGAAGGGACUGCAAAAGCUGUUUUUGAGAAUGAAAUUGGAAUAGAUCGGGCAGGAACCUCUCAGAUCAGUUCUGUCAACUUGAAUGCUACCUUGGAAAAAGAGACAGCUAUGCUGGAGGACACAUUACCAGAUGUGGCCCAAAAUAUUCAUGCAACACAAAUACAUGAGAUGGAAAUGCUGUCUAAUCCUGCUGUGGUACAAGGGACUCAGCCAAUGGAAACAUGUGAGAGAGAGACUGUGAGCAGUCCACUUCAAGAUGAUGACAGCUCUACAGAAGAAUUGCAAGCUGAAGACCCAGCAGCAGGAGCCUCACCAUCCCGGGUGCCAGAAAAACCUCAGCAAAGCACUAAAACAGGCCUGGUUUCUGUAGCAUCGGGUGGCACAGUAAUGAAUGAAAGUCAGGAAAUGGAAGAGGAUGAGGGCAUCCACAGCCAUGAUGGCAGUGAUAUAAGUGACAACAUAUCAGAGGGCAGUGAUGAUUCUGGUUUAAAUGGUGCUCGGAUGGCACAGGAGAAAACAAGUCAGAAACCACCUGAAGAAAUGGCAGAAACCAAGGUCACCAAGGAGAACUAUAGCUUGAGCAGGGGAUACUAGCAAUUAAUGAAGCCUGCAAUAUGGGCCGGACCAUGUAUUACACUCCAAGGAGACAUUUCAGCCUGGAAUGGGUCUCAGGUUUGUGGUAGGCAUCUCUUCCUCUCCAGAUGUGAACCAGGAGUUGUUUGCAUGUGAUAUCUUCCCGAUUUCCUAGUUUAGAUUCCUUUUCUUUGACUCUGUUUAUUAUACACAUUUGCCACCGAGUCAGAUUACUUUACUGUGAUGUGAUUACAAGCCGUUGUAGGGGUAUAAUAUGAACAGAAGAACUGUGUGCAUCUUUCCUAAAAAUUUGGAAACAUCCAUGAGAUUUGGUUCUGAACAUGUAGUUCUGCAGUUCAGAAUAUACAUCUAUCUGUGGGCAGAUCCUUUCUAGGGACAGAUUGGCUGAUUAGGGAGAUGGCUUCUCUGAUAAACAAAACGCAGUCCAUUUCACUCAUCACUCUCCUUUAAGGAGAGAGUCUUAAGUCUGGGGAUGAAGCCCUGAGGUUCUUAACCUGGGAAAUAUCUCCCUGGAAUGUGCCAAGUACACAGGCUAUCAGUUCUUAUUGACAAAAGUCUUAAAUAAAUGGGAUCUUAAAAAUGGGAAUGAUACCACUCUGCAUUAUUUUAGCCUUGUGGGUGCGUAAAAACUCAUUAACUAAAUUAUGAAAAACCCAAUGGCUUGUUUUGUAAAAAGAGCACUUUCGGGAAGAAAUUGAGGUUGGCUCACAAUAAACCAAUACAUGACCAUUUUGUUAAUUUGUAUGUACAGUUCAGGUCCCUCAAUCAUGAUCAGCAAGCCAGAUUUUUACCCACCCUCCCCCAUUUUUGAUUGGUGAAUCCAUUGGUUGAUAAAUACUACUUUAAGACAAGGUGGUCAUUUCUUUUUGUGCUUUAAGAGAAGAAAAAUAUUGCACAUAAAUGUUUUUAUUUUUACCUAUGCAGUUUAAGCCUUUAGGAGUUGUUGUGUUGUAUAGUGGAUUUUAUAUAUGCAUGUUUGGUUUUGUUAAAGAAUUUCCUUCCCUUUAUCUUGACACUUCGAGGUUUGUUGUUUACCAAGGCUGCUGUUUUGGGGGUUUUUUUCUCCCCAUCUUUUGACUGCAAUUUUCUGUCUCUAUCGGUCUUUUAAAAGUUUGUGGAAUAAGGAUGCUUAACUAGCAUUAAUUACUGAAUUUGGAAUAAAUCGUGCUUUCAUCCUUAAGAAAGUACUCCUGUGCAGAACCCAUUUAAAUAAAUUCCAGCUGUGAAAAAUACAUGGAAAGCAUUA